UUCAUUAAUAAUCAGGGUGUAUCACUGACUGAGUUGCGCUAUUCACUAAAAAGCUGUUUUACUCUUAAACUUUAGAUUUUCUAACACACGCGCGCGCAGACACGGAAGUAAGUUGAGGUUAGAGGUGAAAGGUUCCUGGAGGUGGGUGACAGCUGUUGCUAACGUGCUAACUUUCAUUAAGAGCUGUUUUUAAGUGUCCAAAAGCUUAAAAUGGCAGAUGAUCAAGCAGAUGAAGUACCUACCCUACCUUGUAUCUUAGUCACAAGCUGUGAUCCCGGCUUUAAAGAAGAGGAGCUCAUUAGACAGAUCUUGGGCUUAGAAUCACUACCUCAAGCUUCCAAAAUGGAGGAAAGAGUUUCUUGGUAUCCAUGGACAAUCAAUAACAAGUACUACACAGCAAACGUCAGCUUAUGUGUUGUUUCAAGUCCAUUCGACAUGAAUACAGAGGUUGCCCGGUCUAUGCAAGCGUUCAUCGUUUACUUUGACAGCAAAACUAAAGACAGCCUUAACAGUGUCAACUCUUGGUUAUCAGUAGUGGAGGAUUUGGCUCCAGAAGUGCUGAUACUAGUGUGUGACCAUGCGUGUGACAGUGGUGUUAGCAAACAGGAGGCCCAGCAGUGGUGUCUGGCUCACGCAUUUGAAUUAGUAGAGCUCAACCCUCAAGAUCUACCUGAUGAAGAUGAUGACUUCCCAGAGUCCACUGGAGUAAAAAGAAUCGUUCAGGCCCUCAAUGCCAACGUGUGGUCCAGCGUUGAGAUGAAAGAUGAACACAGUCAGGGAUUUGGGCUAAUGAGCAGCCUGGUGGCCUCUCAUCACAACAACCCACGAACCUGUCAAGAGACACUGUCUUCUCAUUCCCCAUCCAACAGUACAGAUGAAGGCACUGAGAACCAGAGAGCAGAGAAUAACCAGAAUAAUGCAGUAGAUACAGCAGUCGAUCCCAUGAUUGACAUCGACAUACAAGAGUUGGCUAAUCUAACAGCUGGAGAUGCAGAUGUGGAGAAUUUUGAACGACUCUUUACAAAAUUGAAAGAGAUGAAAGACAAGGCCUCUUCGUUGCCACAUGAACAGAGGAAAGUACAUGCAGAAAAGGUUGCUAAAGCAUUCUGGAUGGCUAUUGGUGGAGACCAGGAUGAGCUUGACGGCUUGUCAUCAGGGGAGGAGAGUUAAGGCCCUAGUGACUCUUAACCAGCUUCCACUGUUGAUACUCAGCCCAUCCUUUAAACCCCCAGUCAUCCCAAAUCUGCCCAGCCCAGUCCUGUCCCACCCAAGAAACGUGGAAGAAUGUGGGCAAAAACAGCAAUGGAGAUUUUCAUGAUACUGCUGUUAUUAUUAUAUAUCAGUGUCCCAACACCUCAAUCAGGCAGUACAGUCAUUAUGGGCUUUUGGCUUCAAACAUUGUAAUCUCAAGAGCCAUGGGAUGUGUUGCAGGGGGCAAGAUUAUCUUGUCUGUUCUCUGGUGGUGCAAGUGUGCAGCCACAUACAAGGAUGAAGCCUAUGGUUCUGUCAAAAAGAGUCGUAAAUCAAAUGAGAUGAGCUGGUAAAAGUGGAUUGUUUUUAAACUUUUAUUUCUCCUUUAUUUUUAUGAUGUAAGUCACAAUUACGGACUAUGCUUGUGCAUGUCAUUAGCUCUUCAUCAAUUAAAAGAAGGAUCUGU